AUGGCACUGAAGAUUCCAGCCGACGGCCAGGAAGAACAGAGACCGGCCUGCAACCGCAUGCGGGCGCAGGGAAACGGAACCGCCGGGCCCAGUGGAGCCUCGAGAGAGUGGACUGCGGUCCUGGCCGGGGGCUUGACGGCCACCUCGAGAGAUGCUGAGACAUCACCACCUCAGCUAGAGCACUCCUGGAUUCCUGAUCUACAAGAUGAAGAACCACGGGACAAGGUACCGCAACCUGUCAGCAAAGCAAUUAGGCGGAACCGACUUAAGAUGGUAUUAAAAAACUUGUCGCUCUUGAAGCUGCUCAAGAGCUCAAACCCCCGGAUCCAAGAACUGCAUAACUUGGCCAAAAGGUGUUGGAAUUCGUUGCUCAGAGUUCCGAAGAUCCUUGGGAUCUCCACCAGGAGCAGUAAUGUCUGCGAUAGAGUGGAACAAGAUAAUGAAGAGCUCCAAGAGGCUGGGUGCCCCGAGAAGACACUGGAAUCCAAGAAAUUACAGUCCACAGGGGAGCUCAAGCAGGGGUUGGGGGAGAGGAACAAGGCACAGGAGUCACCUGCAGCAGUGCUCCAGGGCAAAGAGCAGAUGGAGCCUGAGCUCCCAAGGACAUCGAAGGAUCAUGGCCUGACCGCUUUCCCUGGAGCCCAGGGAAGGCAAUCACCUAAAGGAGAACCCCGCAUCAUCUUCCUGAAGACCUACCAGCACAAAACUCCCAUGGGGGACAAGCAGCAGCUGGAGGCAGCUGACCAGUGGAUCUGGUUUGAGGGGUUGCCCACCCGAAUCCACCUCCCCGGGCCUCGGGUGAUGUGCAGAUCGUCCACCCUGCGCUGGGUCAAGCGCUGCUGCACGCGAUUCUGCUCUGCGUCACUCGAGCUGCCCAUGUGCCAUCCGUACAGAGUGUGACGACACCACUGCCAGGCCGGGGUGGUGUGACCUUGGACGGGAGCCAGAGGUGUGACAACGGAGACGGCGCAAUCAUCUGAGCGGG